AUGACAGUGUCGGCGCUGUCAUCUUUGGGGGUCGUAUCACGCGGCGACUCGGGCAUUCGCGAACCCAGGCGGCACGGGCAUGGGAGUCCCCGGUCGAACCGGACCCCAAGGUCGAGUGCAAGGAGAGCAAGCCCAGGUCGCAGCCAAACAGGCUCAAAGGGGGAUGCAACCGUUGCAGAUUCGCAUGGCCUCAUAAGGCGCCUCGAGACCGAUAUGCCCGGCAGAUCUCGUGUUGACUCGGUCUCUCCGUCCAUUCCUGGCGACGAUUUCGCUUCCAUGUCUGCUUUCGCUCCGGGGGCGUCGUCGUCGUCGUCGUCGUCGUCGCCGACGGCCACCUUUUUAUUUUCCGCAAGGUCGAGUCUGGCGUCGAUUUCUGGCCCUGCAUCCGAGUUUGUGCCCGAGUCCAAGACGACGUCCUGGUCGCCCUCGGCAAUUGCAGUCUCGACAGACUGUGGCAGCGACAGCGAUCAAAUCAGUAUCAGCAGCUGCUGCAGCACCAACGCCAGCAACGACACCGGCACGACCAUUGGCAACUGCCACGGGCCAUUUGGCAGAAGCAGCAGCAGCAAUAGCAGCAGCAGCAGGAAAGGGGCAGAAACCACAACAGUCACCGCUUCCUCGCCGUUUCCUCGGCCACGCCUGCCUUCACCAUCCUGGACGAUGCCGUCGGCCACAACGGCAGCUACGACUGGCGGCGGCGACGGCGCCAUGGCCAAAACCCGAAACAGAAUGGAAGCGACGACCGGCGGCGUGCAAACGCAACUGCUAGACUGGAACUCCACAACGACUUCCCUAUUCAACCUAGACGCCCAAUCGCCGCGCUCCCGCCGAUCACAGCUCGAUCACCAUCAACCAACGCUAUCAGCUCGUGCCUGCGAGCCACAGCUUGUGCCGGGCUUCGAUCGCGACCGCGUUCACGAUUGGAACCUCAAGACGCACCAAGGACCCUGGGCUCACGUAUGGCAAGAUCUCCCACCGCCGCCUUCGCCGCGUUUCGACUUUGACAACGAGGCCUGUCGUCGUCCUUCUACCUCCAAGAGCCACCACUUUCACUUCCGAUGGCCCAAGCGAGACAGCAGCGCAACGCAAGAUGACUUUCUGCCGCUUCCUGCACAAGGCCGCAUCAGCUCCGAAUCGGCCAUGACGAUCAUUGGCCGUAGAAGCAGCUUCGACAGAGACACUCUCAAGGGCGACAUGCAGGGUCAUGGUCAAGAGGAGCUCCAGAAGGAGGAGCACCAGCAGCAACAGCAACAACAACAACAACAACAACAAGAGCAGCACCACCAGCAGCCCGGCGAUAUCACGGCGAACAUGACGAAGGAGGAGUUCGACGCUCUCCCUUUGACCAUUCAACGCAAGCACCAGCCCACAACCGUUGCAACCCCCUACUCAAAAAGCGACCAAGAUACGCGCCAGGCGUCACAGCUAGCGUGCUCCCUUGUCCCUCCGCCACACCACGACCACUUCCACUUCCACCCAUACUCCACGGCAGACGGAAGGGACGGACGGAAAGAAAGACAACACGAAGACAAGCUCCAAGCGGCAGGCCUGUACUUCUCAUCUCUCGAGCGCCUUCGCUUCGCCCAACUGCCACCCACCAACACAAGCCAGCCUUCUUUCGCUGUCGUUAGUGCUCCCACCCGGCACACCGACACCGACACCGAAACGAGCACCAACGUCACAGCCACCGACCUUGACGGCGUCACUCUCUCGAGCUUGAAGGACAGAAGACGACGAACAUCGCGCAUCGCCUCAGAGCAAGCCGCCAGCCGUCUGACCAGAAGGUCUUCGCGCCGCCCCUCCUUUUAUGCGACCCUCCCCGACAAGAUCAAGCGGCAGCACUUGACAAGCGAGGAGCAAAUUGUCGUGGCCAGGUUGCGCAGACACAAUAUCAAGCUGACCUCGCCCAAAGACACGGUGCGCAGGUCCGGCCGCAGAGCAUCCAACGUGGCCAUCCCCGAGAGCUUGUGCAGCCUCACAUUGGUCCCGCCCCGCCCCCAGACCAUGGAGACUCACGAGUCGCGGCCUUGGAUUCCCGAGGCCCAGUCCCUGGCGAAUCAGACGGGUCACGUGCGGCGCAAGUCCCGCGCGCUCUCCUUGAUAUCGCCAAAGCAGAGUCCCAAGGAUGCCACGACCGGAUUCGAUCCCGCCGCCGCCCACUACCAGGACCCAGAGGCCCGUCAAAAGCUCAAGCUCUACCUCGCAUCUCCUCUCAAGUUUGAUGAGGCUGUGCAGUACGGGUUCCCCUCAACGGAGGGCGCCGUCAAGGAGAUGAAACCGUCGGAAGACGAUGUCAUCGUGCCCAAGAUGCAGGAGAAGCCGCGUACGUUCCUCGCUGACGACAAGUCAUCCAUCUACAGUGACGAGAUGUCAGCCGCGGAGACGGAUUCACCAAAGACGCCCCACGCGUUUGAGAAGCCCGCCGUUCGCCCCCUUCGUGUGCCCAUGGAACUGGAAGGGCCCGACAAGCUGGUUGACGAAGGCUCGGUUGGGGCGCCGUCUUCCAGAGAGAUGACACUGCGCAUGACGUUGACGAGACCCGAUCUCCGCGCCAACGAGGAUCAGAUCUACGGCUGGCAGCACAAGGGCCUCAUGGCCAGCCGCAAGUCAACAUCCAAUGCGCUCCGGGACGAGUUUGACCCUGUGUCGUGUGCCAGAGAGGGCAACUCGAAGGAAAGCUUCGAAAGGCAGUUUGCUGCCAUGGACCAGUGGCAAGCCCAGGUCAACGACCGCGGUGUCAUGAAGCGAUUCUGGCACAAGGUCCGGCGGGCUCCAUAG